AUGACUGUCUCCUCCGUCGCCCGCCAGAGCGUGGCACUUCUGCUCGCUUUGGGCAGUGUUGCGAACGCAGAUACCUUCUACAAAAUUGACACGGACGAUGAGAUCCGCGAAUCCGCCCGAACGCUUGCGUACGAUACCAUGCUCUACUACCACGGAAAUGAAACCGGCCAGACGCCCGGUAUCCUGCCCGGCCCCCACCUGGCGGUGACUACUACUGGUGGCAGGGAGGUGCUCUCUGGGGAACGAUGCUUGACUACUGGCAUAUGA